UAGGUUAUUGAGUUGUAGUUAGCAAAAUUUUGAACAAAGGGAAAAAACACCAAACCGCAGCUGGCCUCCGUCUUCCUCCUCCCGCAAAACUUGUACCUGUAGUCGGAAUAGUCGGCGGCGCUUCUGUCGACCACCAUUCCUUCUCAGCCGCUGUUAUUUUUGGUGUUGACGACAGUGAUUGAGCUGUGAAAGUCGGUAAAUAAAAGAUGGUGGAGGAAACUCAACAACCACCACAGACAAUGGUGCAGAGAAAAAGGAAAAAACAGCCCAAGAAACCUCCUGCUUGUAAGACGAUGAAAAAGGGUCCGGGAAUGGAUAGGAAAGUUAGAACGAGUAUGAAAAUGAAGCAAUUAUAUCGUAAAAGGGCCAGGGAUUAUAAUUCAGAUGAUGAUGAGGAUAAGGAUGAGGAUGAGCUAGUUGCUGAAAAUGAUGCGGAGGUUGAGAGAGAGGGAAUUUCUGAAAAUAGUGAUGAUGAGGCAGACCCUAUUAGAGGAGAAGAUUCAGAUGAAGAACAUGAAGUUCGUACAGGAAUCACAAAGUUUGCAGAAGGCUGUAAUGCUUUCAGGGCGGCAUUUCUCAGUAUCAUAAAGAAGCAGAUUGAUGAUGAGACACUGGGUCCGGUAUUAUCAGCACAUAAGAAGCUUGUUGUAGCAAAGCUUGCAGAAGAGAUCACUGAACGGAAGGUUAAAGGCGAAGCAAAGAAGGAAAAGCAUUUGAUUGAGGAGAAGGGACAUGUACAGCCUGCUAAUUUCUUAGAUUCACAUGAGAAGUUUCUUAUAAGUCUUGCCACAAAAGGAGUCGUCAAGUUGUUUAAUGCUGUUAACAAGGCCCAAAAUGCUCAAAAAGGGUUGAAUCCUUCAAGUUUUAAAGACGCUAAAGCUUUGACAAAGCGGAGAAAAGAGGCAUUCAUGACAGAAUUGAGCAAGGCUUCUGCACAAUCAGCUCAGGGUGCAGCCAAGGCAUCUAUCUCUAAAGGCGAGGAAGACAGUGUCCAGCCUGCAUGGGCUCCAUUACGUGACACUUACAUGUUGACAAAUUCUAAAUUGAAGGACUGGGAUAAGAUGGCACCGGAAGAGGAAACAGACAUCUGACCAAAAUGAUGAGACAUUUAUGCUUGGUUGGAAAGUUUCUCAUCACCAUUUGGCAAUUGUUUCAUCGACACUAUUCCUGCAAGGCUCAGUAAUGUCUGCUUCGAACUUCAUGGUCAUUUACCUAAUCAAAACCACGUUUCCUCAGCAUGGCGCUCAACUUAUAAUUUUGAUAGUUUUUUGAUGAUAUGCCGAAACUAGUCUUAUCAUGAUCAUCAGCAGUCGUGGUUCGUAGCUGUGUACAUCUCUUUUAUGCCCUUUCCUGGAUGAAAUCUCUUCAUAAAUUAGUCUUAUACUACUGUAUUUGAUCCAGCUAGAUAAGUUCAUUAAAGUAACAUUCUUUUUCUUUGCCUUUUCAUGCACUACAUAUUCUUUUAACUUGUGAAUUGCUGUCUCUCUUUUUCUUGGAGUAACUUUCACAGUUGAGGAAAAGUAGUAUUUGUUGUUUCCCAGCAUUAGAUAGAAAUUGAGAAUGGCUGAAAGUGAAUUUUGGA